AGUACUCACACGUUCGUUUAGUUCUGCUUAAACUUUUUCGCGAACUACUAGUGUGUAUAAGACGUUAAGUGCCAUUGCCCAAUUAAAGAUUAAAAUAUUUUUAAAUUAGAAGUCCCCUAUAGUAUUAUACUAUAUUGGAGUGUCUCAAUUCCUUUGUACCCCGCGGUAAGCGCUCAUUGUGGGAAGUUUAAAGGCAAUGAAAAAAUAUUCCAAAAAAAAACAUCGCACACACUUGGAAAUAUAUAGAUGAAUUCGACAAACAGAAGCCCACUCUGUGAGGCGAACGAGUCGCAUCCGGGCGUCACAAUAACAGACAUGGAUACUGUACAUGAAGAAAACGACGACAGCGAUGACUCGUCUUACUCGGACCUGGGUCGGUUGAGGGAGAGGACCCGCGCCAUGUUGGGUACGCCAGCCGAGCCGCUGGUGCAGCACUCACACUCGCAGCCCAACAGCAGGCGAAUGUCAAACGAUGCGGAAGCCAAACUCGCUGCCAAUUUGAACACCAGACGGCCAUCAGCAAUAAUCGCAGCGUUCCGACGGCCGUCACAGGCCCUUGCCCUUUGUGCGGCGACACAACGCCGAUUUCUGUCCGAGUGGGCGCCACAUUCGCGCACAUCCGUCGCUUCCACCACCCAUGACAACCCGCCGUCAACCGCCGAAAUUCUAGGACACGAAGCCCUAAGCAAGGCCCUCUCGGCGCUAUACGCAAAAUUGUUAGUGGUGCUUGGACUGGCAUUUCCUGUUACUGAAGUUAUUGCAAAUGGAGUUCCCGAUGGAUAUUACCAGGGUUUCUACUUAUAUCUAUACUUAGUAUCGGUAUUGUUCGUGGUAUUCCAAUACGCUAAUAUAAUGCGUCAAAAGGCAGUCACUAUGAUAAUUCACAACUAUGAAGGGACUGAAAAGGACGAUAAAAACGGAAAAAUUACUCCAAGAGAUAAAUUGAAAUUGAAAGAGAGCAUAUCUCGGUACGGCAGCUUUUAUUUAAGGCUCGGUGCAAUUGCAUUCGGCAUCGGCUCUAUGGUAUACAGCGGUUUAGAAUUGGGAGAAUACUUCGAAAUGACCGAUCGGUGUCGAUCAGUUAUGUCGGUUAUCACUCCUGCUUUACGAAUGACACUUACAUUAGCGCAGAUGCAGUUUAUAUUUUUAACGAAUAAGGACAUCAAGUCGGGAAGCUACAAAAUGAUACAAAGAUUUGGCUUCAUGCACAUGAUAGCGACUAACUUAUGUGAGUGGUUGUAUGUGUUAGUAGAAGAAACGAAGCACGAAAUUCAUCAUUUGGAACAUUCCAUACAAUCGACAACAAACGGUACUCGGAAUAUGACCGAAGAAAUUGCAUGUCGCAGAGCAAACAUUAUGGGAGCUUUGCUGCAGAAUGCUUCACCAUUCCUUUUCCCUUGCACCAUUGAGUAUUCUCUAAUCUGUGCUGUCAUUUUUUAUGAAAUGUGGAAAGAGGUUAAAUGUACCCCGGAGGACUUUGAAAAGAAAUAUCAUGCGCCUAAAAACAAGUCACGAAACAACUCAAUGACACCAGAAAAAAUAUUGCAACAGUUUGCGGGUAUGCUCGGAGUGAGCUCUCCGCAUGGCAGCAGAACGGCGUUGCACCAUUUCUCAUUGGACUGUUCUCACGCACAUCGCGGACUAUUUGCAGGAAUACUUGUUAUUGUAUUCACAAUUAUAUCUCUUAUAAUGUUCUUUGUACUUGCCAAUAAUCCAGCUACAGUUAUAGAUGCUAUAUUCGAAGUUAACAUUUGCGAAUUGGUGUUAUACACGCUCACUAUACUAGCAACAGGAUUCGCUUUAUUGCAAAUGCGAGUCCUGCCAUAUAAAAGGAAAUCUCAAGCUGUUUUAGGGCUAGACACAUCUCUAUUAAUUUUGGCUCAAACCGGAAUGUUUGUAUACUGCAUGUUUAGUUUGAUCGGUUGCCACCACACGAUGCAUAGCAGCAAGAGUUCAGGACUCACGGGAUUCUUCUCAGAAUUCUUAUCACUUAAUCAGACCAUCUUACAAUCGCUGUUUAUAAUCGAUGCUUGGUGGCGUCGGUGUGGCACAUCGGAACAACGAAGAGAUAAACCCGGCAGGCAACUGGUGACCUUUCUCCUUGUGGCUAACAUGGCCAUGUGGACAAUAAAUACUCUUGAGAAGAAUCGCGCGGAGUUCAGACCGGCGCACUUAGCCUUCUACGGCCCCUGGGCGUGGACAAUUAUCACACACGUUUCGAUGCCACUCGCAAUUUUCUACAGGUUCCAUUCAACUAUCUGCCUCUUUGAGAUUUGGAAGAACUGCUUCAAGAACAAACCAAUUUUCUUGAAUGUAUAGUUUGUAAAAGAAUUAUGUAUAAUCAUGAUGGAAAUAAAAAUCUGAGACAUUUACAAAA